UCCUGAUGCCCCCUUUCACCCAUGAUUUUGGUGUGCUACAUUCACCAUCCCACCCAUCUUCUCCUCACCACCCAUCUUCUCCCUCACCUUCUUCACCCGCUUCCAAUAUACCGGCGUCUGUUCUUCCCACUAUUCCACCUGCCAUUGAUCCACUUCCGCUGCCCAGUAUAGAGGGAAUCGGUGAGGAUUCUGUUGGAGAUCAGUCCAAUGAGCAUCAUUCCUUCGAGGUCGAUGCUGUCCCUGCGGCAACUACACGCUCAAGAAUGGGGGAGGCCGAAAAGGCGUUGAAGGGCAAAACCCGAACGGAGUGCAUCAACACCGCUCUUGUCGAUUACUUGAACGAUACGGAGCAGCCCGAGAUCUGCAAAAUUGCAUUGGAGCACAAGGUCAACGUUCGAAGGGUCCAGCAGCUACAGGGUCGGGUGACAUCUCUCAAAAAUCGCAAAGCACCCAGUGCAUACAAUGCCGUGUACAGGAAGAAAGCCCAGGAGCUCAACAUAGGUGUCGCUAAAGGCCAUAGGGCAGGCCCUAAGGAAAUUCAUGCUGCUGUCAAGGCUGAUGAGGAGCUUCAAGAAAUACUUCAAGAUCCUGUCCUCUCGAAGGAGCUUCAAGAAGAUAUGGAAGCUACUAGAGACGAGAGGAUUCGCGGUGCGAGAUUCUCCAACAAGGCCGCCGCUACCGACGCAGUCAGAACACUCACUCGCAUUACACAAGAGGUGAAUGAUCUCUCAAGUCGUACAGGUGCCUGCGCCUUUGGUUUUAUCACCAGAGGAGGCUAUGACUCCAGUAUAGAAGGCGGAUUCUUCGCUCGCGGCCCGGUUCAAGAGUUCCUACAGCAGUGUUUCCACAUAUCCAUAUGGGACUUUGUGAGUAUGGCGGAGGGUUUCUUUUGCAAGGAGGAAAAGCUUCAGAGAAAAGGGCCAAACGGCAAAGACAUCAAGAGUAAGCUGGCUCAAAUGAUUACCGAACGCUUUCGAGAGAUAACCGGUGGUAAAGGGAUGGUGGUGAACUAUGUUCACUACAAGUCCCAGGUCGUCGAAAAAUUCAAGGUUCAUAUCGUUGGGUGGCCCGAGAACGGGCCGUCAAUUAUGAGCCCAUACAGCCUACCCAUGGCAGAUGCUCGGAUGAUUUACGACUUGUGGAGGACCAACUCUUGCCAAUGGAAGAAGAUGUCAGCCGCUGAAUACAAGGCCUUCGUUACUGAAAUUAACAAACUUCGCGAAGAUGGAGCUGAUGUGGACCCUCAGCGUACUAAGCGGAGUGACUACGGCGGUACCCAUAAGAGAAAGUAUGCGGAGGACACUGGGGGAUCAAGGAAAAGGCUUAGGACUGGUGGAAGCACAACUGGCAAGGCAGCUUCGGAGAAAUCAAAGGGACACAAGAGUAAGGAAACUAUCUCUGACUCUGAUUCAGGCUCCGAGAGUGGUGAGGAAGAGGGAUGUGUGCCUUAGGUAACUGGCUGUCGCUGACAAGGGUUUUUCUAUGUUUUUUUCAUGGACAGAGUAUAUAUUAUGUUCUUUAUGUGCAUGUCCUGUGUUUUUGAUAGAAAAAGCCUGUCAAUUAGAAGCAAUACACUGUUUCUAUUGUUC